AUGUUAAGAAAGAUACAGGCCAUAUUUCAUCCCAUUUCUCGUCGGAGGAGCUUUUCUGAUGGGAUUCCUACUUACAACGGCACUCCAGUCCGACUGAUCCGUAGCACUUCGAUGUUUGUUAUCGGAGGCGAGGAGCACAACUUCAGUGAGCCUCUCAAAAAAAGCAAGAGUACCACCAGCAUUGAUUCAACUGCCUGUGGACAGAUGAAGGAGGAAGAAAGGGCAUGGAUGUACUCCAAGACUCAAGACUGCUUGCAGUACCUACAAGAUCUGUUAGCCUUGCGGAAAAAAUACCUCGAGAGCAUCAAAGACCUGAAGUUUAUGGACAGAGGAACCUCUACAUCCACAAAAUCAUCCAAGAACAAAAAAAUGUCACCAGCCCCAUCUCAUGCACAGUUGUCCAAGGUCUCAACAACCAAAAAAGUCUCACAGUUCAGCUCAGAGGUAGCUGAGGCAAUCGCUUAUUUUGAUGCAAUUAUUGCAGAGCUGGAUGCUGAAAGGCACAGAAAAAUAAUUGUGAGAGAUCAUCCACAUGCAGAUGUUGAUUUUGAUGUUGUCACUAGCUCAAGGGAACACAGCUUGCACUCCAACUGGAUUCUUCGUGCCCCUCGGAGACAUUCCCAGGACCCUAUACUAGCGGCAAAGACAACAAGCCAAUCGGAAAGGAGCAGCCAAGGAAGAACAAUCAGCUCCAGGAAGAAAUUGCAGAGAUACCCAAUGUACCUCCCUAAAGCUGUGGAGGGAGCAUUCAACACUUUGAAGUUUAAGCCCAAAAUGUGCCCAAAAGAACAGCAUUGA